GGCGACCACUUACUCACUCCCAUUGAUUGGCACUAUCCACCCCCCCUUCCCCUUCCCCUUCCCCAUUAGAUAUCCUGAGAUCCACACACGCUCGCUACUUUUACCACUACGGCGCCCUAUGUGAGGAUGUCGUCUGAGCCCUACUUUCACGACACGCCUGUCCGGCCGACGAGGCAACCAUCGCAGCAUGUUGCCUCACCGCGCGCACGGGGCAGGGGCGCGGGACCGGCCAUCUUCAACAACCCGCACGCGCAAUCACAGUCGCCAUCCCUGCCACCGCACGACGAGUACUUUGGGAACCCUCACGCGGCAGGAGGCGUGGCCAUGACGCAGGACUUCUAUGGCCAGCCGCCGCCGCCGUCCUUACACGAGAGCAGCUACAACAAUGAGGGUGCGAGCGCCUACUCCGCUCCGACGGCCUCGUCUCAGCAGGGCCUGCGACACCGCACGGGCGAGAGGGGAGACACGCACACGAACAGCAUCUCGCGAAAUUACCCCUACGCACCUCCCGCGGCGCCGUUUAUGAACGACGGACGCGUUGGAACUCCGUCGUCGUCGUCGGCAGCAGGACAGGGCUACGACGACGAGUCGAUCUAUUCGCGCUACGAAAAGGCGUGGGACGACGGACAGUCGCAGACACCCUCACAGCAAGGCCACAUGGACGGCUUCUACACCAGGCCCUACAACGGCCCACCCGGCGGCGGCGGGGCUGGACCCUACCAGAUGCCACACGGCGCCGCAACGGCAUCGACAGCCAACGGCAGCCACGUCAUGCUCGCUCACGGCUCCCAGGCGGGCCACGAGAGCAUCGAGAUGGGACCUGGCGGCGCAUACAAGGAGCAGCCUGGCUUUGCAGCACCGGGCUAUGGCCAAGGCUACGGCCAGGGGGGAUACGGUCCCGGCUACGAACAGCAGCAACAAGGGUACGGACAAGGAUACGGACAAGGCUACGGACCGGGUGGGCCAGGAGGACCAGGAAUGGGAGGCGACGCAGGCUACCCCGGCGGUUUUGUCUCGUUUGCCGCGCCGGGCACUCUCAUCGCACGAGCGCAGCCCAACGCAGCGGCUGCGCGCAUCGGCGGCUAUGGCGAGUCGUACAACGAGAUCAAGGGCCGGCUGAUGCGCAAGCGCACCGUCAAGCGCGUCGCCCUCACCAACGGCAACCUCGUCCUCGACGUGCCCAUCCCCGGCUCCCUCUGCCGCGGCCACCAGGGCGAGGAGUUCACCACGAUGCGCUACACGGCCGCCACGUGCGACCCCAACAACUGGGUCGCCGACCGCUUCACGCUGCGACCCUGGGUCAUGGGCCGCAAGACGGAAUUGGCGAUUGUCAUGACGUCGUACAACGAGGACGAGCAGCUGCUGUUCAACACGCUGGGCGCCGUCAUGAAGAAUGUCGCCUACCUCGCCUCGCGCACGCGUUCAAAGACGUGGGGCGCCGAUGCCUGGAAGAAGGUCGUCGUCUUUAUCAUUGGCGACGGACGCAAAAAGGCAAACGAGCGCAUGCUCAAGAUGCUCAGCUGCUACGGCAUCUUCCAGGAGGGCGCCAUGAAGGACCACGUCCUCGACAAGGAGGUCACGGCCCACGUCUUUGAGCUCACGACGCAGGUCGUCGUUGGGCCCGAUGGCUCCGUCGAGGUGGCAAAGUGCCCUGUCCAGCUCGUCUUUUGCCUCAAGGAGAAAAACGAAAAGAAGAUCAACUCCCACCGCUGGUUCUUCAACGCCUUUUGCCGCCAGCUCGACCCCAACGUCACCGUGCUCCUCGAUGUCGGCACCCGGCCCACUGGCCGCUCCAUCUACCACCUCUGGAAGCAGUUUGACAAGCACGCCAAGAUCGGCGGUGCCUGUGGCGAGAUUGCCGUCGAUGUCGGCACUGGCGGCUGGCGGCUCAUCAACCCGCUUGUGGCCUCGCAGAACUUUGAGUACAAGAUGUCCAACAUCCUCGACAAGCCCCUCGAGUCCGUCUUUGGCUUCAUUGGCGUCCUUCCCGGCGCCUUUUCCGCCUACCGCUGGCAGGCACUCAAGGGCCGGCCCCUGGAGGCCUACUUCAAGGGCGAGGCCCUGCACAACGGCACCCUCGCAGGCGGCUCGUUUAUCAACAACCUCUACCUCGCCGAGGACCGCAUCCUCUGCUUCGAGCUCGUCACCAAGACGGGCGAGGCGUGGCUCCUCAAGUACGUCAAGGCUGCCCGGGCGACGACGGACGUGCCGGACCGCGUCGCCGAGCUCAUCAGCCAGCGCCGGCGCUGGCUCAACGGCUCCCUCUUUGCCAGCAUCUAUGCCGUCUUCCACUGGUACCGCAUCUGGUCCUCGGGCCAGGGCUUCCUGCGCAAGCUCGUGCUCCAGCUCCAGAUGAUCUACAACCUCGUCCAGAUCAUCUUUACCUGGACCUCGCUCGCCAACUUUUUCCUCUCCAUGUACUUUCUCAUGCAGAGCGCCACGUCGAACGCAGCCAAGGAUCCGUUUGGUGGCCAGGGCGCCGCCGUGUUUGAGGUCUGCCAGAACGUCUUUGUGGCCCUCGUCGUCAUCGUCGUCGUUGCCAGCCUUGGUAGCCGGCCACAGGGCUUCAAUGCCAUGUACACCGUCUGCAUCAUCGCCUUUGGCACCCUCUUUUCCCUCCUUCUCUACUGCACCGGCUGGACCAUCUACCUCCAGCUCGACCAGGCCCACCUCCUCACGCCCGGCGGCUGGACCUCGUCGCACGUCCUCAAGCUCAUCCUCGGCCACUCGGGCAUCCGCUCCAUUGUCAUCUCCAUCGUCUCCACCUACGUUCUCUGGCUCCUCGCCUCGAUCUGGAUGCUGGACCCCUGGCACAUGCUCACCUGCAUCGUCCAGUACCUCUUCCUCAUGCCCACCUACAUUACCAUUCUCUCCAUCUACUCGCUUGCCAACCUGCACGAUGUCAGCUGGGGCACCAAGGGCGACAAUGGGGCUGCGACGGACCUGGGCCACGCCAAGGCGCAAAAGGGCAAGGACGGCGAGACGGUGGUGGAGGCCAAGGUGCCCACGUCGGCCGCCGACGCCGAGGAGCUGUGGCAGCACGCGCAGAUGGACCUGGCGCAGCCCAAGAAGGAAGUCAAGCAGAAGCGGAGCAAGGCCGUCAAGGAGUCGGACCACAAGCAGAACUUCCGCACCAAUUUCUUGCUCGCCUGGCUCGGCUCCAAUGCCUUUCUCGUCAUCUUUUUCACCAGCAGUUGGUGGAACCACUAUACAAAGGUCGAUCUCGGCCUGACGACGAACCCGUACCUGCAGGCGCUCUUCUGGAGCACCGCUGUGCUGGCCGCCAUCCGUGCCUCGGGCUCGCUGCUGUACAUCAUCUUUCGCCUCUUUGGCCACUAG